ACUGGGGCGUGCAGCUAGCGCGGCUGAAACAUGAUAAAUUCAAGCAUUGUGACCGGAAAGACCUUGGUGUUGUGGGACUCCGCUCUGUCAGCAGCUAGACAGUGUGGGAGGCGAUCAACACGGAAAACAGAAUGCGUGGCUGCAUAGUCAAAAGUUUAAAGUACAAAUCACGGGACGGUUAGGGCAAGGUUGUGUAAUGAGACCGCACAUGAAACACUGUGUUCACAGCUGGAUUCUGCAUUACAAAAACAACACGGAGAGAGUCCAGUGCAGAGCUGCUAGAGCAAUCCCAGGGCUAGAGACUGACACAGUAUUGAUUGUCAUGGAUACGAAGGAAAGUUUGAAGAUGGAACCUGUUUCCAUUAAAGAAGAGGUUAUAGAGGAAGAGUGCUUUUGCGUUCCACAGCGGGUAACAGAACAGACGUCUGUAGGAGAGGAAGACUCUGAUGUGAGAGCUGUCCAUAUUAAAGAGGAGGCCCAGGAGCUAGACCCCAGGUCUGAGCAGUGCAGCGGCGGUCCUGCUCCGCUGGGCAGUGUGCAUGUUAAAGAACAGGAUACCUGCUCUUCUGCUGAAGAGGAGGGCCCAGAUCUGGAGUCUGCGCAGGGGGAGCAUCGCCCCUCUCAGCUGGAAUCUCUCCAGAUUGUUCAAGUAGAAAUAGUUGAUGUGAAAGAAGAAAACCCAGCAGAAGAAACGACAACCAAUGAAGGGGAGGAACUUCCUUCUACUCACUGCAAAACAUUGGGUGCAGACCCGGAAUGUCAAGCCCAUUCAUGUCCUCACUGUGAAAUCUCAUUCACUCGGAAGCAGUACCUGGAGAAGCAUAUCAAGGGCACACACAGAGAGGAGUAUGUGCAGAUGCUGAGAGCUCCGUCCUCCCAGGUCUGCCACCACUGUACUGUAUGUGGGAAGACAUUCAGUAAGUCUGGAAACCUCAAAGCACAUCAGAGAAUUCACACGGGAGAAAUGCUGUAUCACUGUACUGAGUGUGGGAAGGGUUUCAGUCAGUUAGGAAACCUCAAAACGCACCAGCGAAUUCACACAGGAGAGUUGCCUUACAGCUGCAGCGAGUGUGGGAGGAGUUUUCGGGUGUUAGGAAACCUUAAAAAACACCAGCGGAUUCACACAGGAGAAACUCCCUACCACUGCAACGACUGCGAGCGCAGCUUCAGUCGCUUGGAGACCCUGAAAGUUCACAAGCGGAUUCACACAGGGGAGACCCCGUAUUGCUGCUCUGAGUGUGGGACGUUCUUCAGUCACUCCACCACACUCAAAGCGCACCAGCGCGUUCACUCUGGAGAGACCCCCUACCCCUGCACCGUAUGCGGGAAGAGUUUCAAUAGAUCAGGGAACCUUAAACAGCAUCACCGCAUUCACACCGGGGAAGCACCGUAUCACUGCUCUGUGUGUGGGAAGAACUUCAGAAUCUCGGGAGACCUCAAAAAACACAAGCGCAUUCACACAGGAGAGAAGCCCUAUUACUGUACUGAAUGUGGGAAGAGAUUUACUUAUCUGUACCAGCUGAAAAUUCACAGCUGUGGCUGUGUAUGAAAAUAUAAACUCCUGUAAUAAUAUGUAGCAGAUAAUUAAUUAAUUCAGGGUCUUGAUUAAUUCAGGGUCACAUUGUGCAUGGCAUAAUCCACUGAACGUAUAAUCACAGCACAUACACCUGUCAAACAGCAGCAAAUUCAACAUGUUUUUUCCAACCAGGUGUGCUAGCAGAACUCUUUUGUUCAAUGGAAGGGGAGCACUGACUAAAUCAGGCAACACUAUUGCCAGUUUUCGAAUAUGGCAAAUAUUAGAGCUGUUCUGCUUCUCCUAAACCACAAGGUGGCACAUGUGAGUCGCAGGCAGUAAACUGCUCUUUCUUUCUGGCUGCUGCCUGUCCUUUUCAUGUUGAUUUCAUGAAAAAUAAAUACCACAAGCAAAUGUGCUUUAUUGAGUUUAGUUUUAGCCAGAAAUAUGCAGAGUGCAGUUUUUAUUGUUAGCGCACUGUUUUGGCGCUUGAGAGAGCAGGAGGUCGGGCUCAUGUAGAGAGUCAUGCAGUAAUUGCAUGCAAAACAAACACGCUGUUUACUUGCAUAAUUCAAUCACUCGGGUAAACUCAUGAGUGAUGAAAAAUGACAGCAGCUUGAAGCACUGCCGGGACUGUCUCUUAUGCAGAAUUCAUUUGUAAAAUCAGCAAUAUGCUUAAGUAUGCAUAUAACUAUGACUAUAUUUAAUCCUGCACUUCACCCAAUCUGUAGUAUCUUGUGUUUCACUUGCACUUGUAUCUAAACCUGAUAUAACUAUCAACAGUGUUAUCUGCUCUUGAACUGCACCGAUAUCAAAUCGUACUGUUAUUUGUAUUUGCUGUUACUGAAGCCAUUGUAUUUUGCAUCUUGCUCUUAAUUGUAUUGUAAUUCUUGAUAUGCAUUUUUUGUAUACAACUGUCAGUCGCCCUAGGUAAGGGUGUCUAAGAAAUAAAUAAUACCUCAUUUUAGUCAGAGUACAGGCACUGUUGCAGGAGGGAACAUGAACUGGAUACACUGCGAUGUUCAGAAGAAAUACUCUCUCCUGGUGACCAUUCCUGAGUAAAAGUAAUUUCCUUCUUUAUUGACCUAGGAUGUGUGAAUAAAAAACAUCAAAACUACCAGGAAUGUGUUGAAGAGAAUAAAAAAAAUAGCUUUGAUCUGGAGAACAGCAAAUACAGCAAAGGGAAGAAAUGUGUUCAUUGUGAACAGUGCAGGGGGUUCGGGGUCAUGUUAAAAAUGGAAAGGGUAAUAAUUACCAAAUGACUUUCUAAAUGUGAACUGUGCAGUAACCUCUAUCUCUCUCUCUCUCCUCUUUUCUCUCGCACGGCGGAUGCCUCAUCUGUAAUCGCACAUUUCCUUAAGAUGUAAUUGAACAAUAACUUAGUUGAAAUCUAACCAGAAAAAAAAAAAAAUUAAUUACAGAACAUCCGUUGACUUUGUCAGCACUCUCACUGGUGCUAGUUCCUGUGUGUUAAAUCUUAUUGUAAAUAAAUAACAACAGUAAAACCUGUCUAAUGCAGCCCCUGUACAUCCUGCAUGCAGGGUAUGGGCCGUGGGUAAUGUACACACACGGUCAAAUCACACAAUGACAAAGCGGACACUGUUGCUCUUUUUUAAGUCAGUCAAAUUGAGAAAUUACCUGGGAAUAGUUCUGAAAUCAUGAAGGACACCAGAGCUGAUCCUAUACUAUCUCAAGUCUUGGAGAUGGGGUCAAUGGGAGUACAAUGUUAUGUUUGAACUGCGCAUAUGUGUUUGUGUGCGAACUGAUGACAAUAAAGGUCCACUUUGAACCCUCUGUCUU